AUGCGCACACCGAAAAAAUUCCACUACAUCUUCAACAUGCGCGACCUGUCGCGUAUUUACCAAGGGAUGUGGAAUGCGAACCUACCUUCUUCGAUAGACGCAAAGUCGAUCCUUCGCCUGUGGAGACACGAAUGCCUCCGGGUAUUUCAAGAUAGGCUAAUAGAGGAAGAAGAAAAGCACUACCUGGAGCAUAUAAAGUUAAAGCAAAUAAUCGAAGAUACGUUUCCAGACUGCUCUGAGUACGCACUGAGGGAUCCUAUCGUAUGGACGGAGUUCCAGAGCGCCCUUAAGCUCUUAGAGGCUGAAGAGAAGGCCGACUCUCCGAAUAGAUCCUACGACGACCACGCUUCUUUUGAAGAAAUCCGGCCGAUGCUCGAGCGCCUCUUGGAGCUCCACAAUUUCGAUCGGAAGCCCAUGCACUUAGUUAUGUUUGAGGAUGUUAUUGCUCACCUAGCACGAGUCCACAGAAUUAUCCGAAUGGAGAGGGGCCAUGGCCUACUAGUUGGAAUGGGUGGCUCUGGCAAACGCAGUGCGGAUUUAAAAGAGGACCUUCGACAAUUGAUAACGCUGGCAGUGAAAGAGCGGCAGUGCCUCCUAUUUUCGGAUGCGGAUAUCAAGCAAGAGUGCUUUCUUGAAUACAUAAACAACCUUUUAACAAUUGGAAUGGUUCCAGCUCUUUUUGCAGAUGACCAGAAAGACGCCCUUAUUGCGGCAGUAAGGGGGCAGGCCAAAGAGGAUGGCGUUCGAGAAGAUGCUCUAUGGAACUAUGCGAUGAACAGAGCGAAAGGCAGCCUGCAUAUUCUUCUUGCAAUGUCACCAUCUGGUGACGCACUUCGAAACCGUUGUCGCAACUUCCCAGGUCUUGUAUCCUGCACGAACGUAGACUGGUUUCAGCCCUGGCCAGUAUCGGCACUUGCGGCUGUUGCCGCGGUACUUCUGCAAAACGAAGACCUGCCGCAAGAGCAUCGGGCGGUUAUAGAGGAACAUGUUGUUAAAAUUCACGACAGUGUAACCACAAUAUAUGCGCCAGAAUUCGAGGCGAAACUUGACCGUGCAACUUACUCCACUCCCAAAAAUUAUCUUGACUUUCUCAAGACGUACAAAGGCAUGUUAAGGGCAAAGAGGAGCAACAUUGAUCAACUCAGCACUCGUCUAGAAGGAGGGCUCCAGAAAAUGAACAGCGCAGCGGAAUCCGUCAAGAUAAUGAACACUCAAGUUGCAGCAAAAAAGGUCGUGGUGGACGAAAAGAAAAGAAGCAUAGAAGAGCUCAUAUCUAGCAUAAAUGAGAAAAGUGCCAAAGCUAGCCAGAGGAAGGAAGAGGCUCGCGCAACUGAGCGGCAAAUAUCUCAGGAUCAAGUUACUAUCAACCAAGAGAAGGCCAGCGCAGACGAGGCAUUAGCUGCAGCAAUUCCAGCACUAGAGGCUGCAGCAAGGGCGCUUGAAAAUCUUGACAAGAAGGACAUUACAGAGAUUAAGGCAUUUAUGACUCCGCCGAAGCCCGUCAUGAAUGUUUGCAUGUGUGUCGUGGUGCUACGUCCUCUUGGGAAGGAAAAUGAAGCCGACGGGUGGAACGGUGCCAAGGCGAUGUUAAAUGAUGUCAAUUUCCUCAAAAGUCUUGUAGAGUAUCCAAAAGACAAUAUUUCUGACCGGCAAGUGAAGAAACUCAUGGAAUAUUUCAACAAGGACCCGGACUCAUUUACGAGCGAAAAAAUGGCAAAGAUUUCAAAGGCGGGGAACGGGUUGCUGACGUGGGUCAAGGCGAUGAUUCAGUACCAUGAGGUUGCAAAAGGGGUCGAGCCAAAACGACGACUCGUUGCAGAGCUGCAGCAGAAGCAAGAUGAGGCAGAAGCCAACUUGACGAAAAUAAGGGAAGAGCUCCGUCUGCUGGAGGAGCAGCUGGCUACCUUAAUGACGCAGCAGAAGGAACAGACAGAUACGUUACGGGAGGUGGAAGCGGAAGCAAAGGUGAUGGAACGCAGACUCCAAGCAGCCUGCAAGCUAAUAGAAGGCCUUGAAUCCGAGAGACGACGCUGGACAGAAGAUCAUGAAGCAUGCAGCGACACGCGAACCAGGCUCGUUGGAAGCUGCUUAAUCGGUGCAGCAUUCCUUUCCUAUGCAGGACCGUAUACUCUCGAAUUUAGGAAUCGUAUGGUUUACGAGCACUGGGCAUCCGGUGUCAAAGAAUCUGGCGUCCCCAUAAAUGACCCAUUCAAGAUUGAGGGACUGCUAACGAGUGACGCAGACAUCGCCAAGUGGAAUAAAGAAGGACUACCCGCUAAUGAGAUGUCCAUUCAAAACGGAAUCCUCACUACCAUGUCUGCUCGUUGGCCGCUCUGCAUAGACCCUCAAAUGCAGGCGGUGAAGUGGAUACAACACCGCGAGGAGGAACGCAGUCUUGUGACGAAGAUGUUCACAGACGAUUACAUGAAGUAUCUUGAGCUCGCUAUUCAAUACGGAAAACCGUUUCUCUUUGAAUCGGUUGAAACUGAGAUUGACCCAUCAAUCGAUCCUGUCUUGGAACGGAACCUAGCCAUACAGAAUGGACAAAAGGUUAUGCUGGCAAUAGUCGUCGGCAACGAAGUGCCUGAGUUAGAAAGUCAGCGUCAAGAACUUGUACAGCGCAUGAGCGAAGGCCGUCUAAUGUUGAAGCAUCUGGAGAAUACACUGCUCCAUGAGCUCGCUCACUCGAAAGGAAGCCCCUUAGACAACGAGGACCUGAUUGAGACUCUCCAAAAUACAAAAACAAAAGCUCUCGAGAUAGAGCAAUUCCUUGAAGAGGCCAAGUCAACAUCCGUGAAAAUAGAGGAGAAGCGGCAAGAGUUCUACAGUGUUGCAAAGCGAGGAAGUGUCGUGUACUUUAGCAUGGAUGGAAUGAGAAACCUUUCGCCCAUGUUAGAAUACUCUCUUGAUACAUUCUUGCAUACCUUCCGAGUAGCCUUACGAGAAGCACGGCAGGACCGAAUACUAGAGAACCGCCUAAAAAGCCUUGUUGACAAGGUCACGCAACUAUCAUAUGACUACAUAAGCUUAGGUUUGUUUGAAAGUCAGAGACUUAUUUUCGCUUUUCAUUUAACCACAAUGAUCAUGCGGCAUGACGGCAAGCUCCCUGAAGAAGAGCUUGACUUUUUCUUGAAGGGGAGUAACACGAUUUCCGAAGGGGAAACGAAGCCCGAGGAGUUCAGCUGGAUACCAGACAGUGGAUGGAAUGAUCUGUUUAAGUUAAGCACGGUCAGUCCAGCCUUCCAGGGACUGCGGGAAAACGUCCUCGCCGAGCCCCAGGCGUGGAAGGAGUGGGCAGAAGAUGACUCAGCCGAAAAAGCUGACAUGCCUGGCCAGUGGAGCAGAGUGCUGUCUCCGUUCCAAAAGUUAAUAGUUGUCCGCGUCUUUCGUGUGGAUAGAGUCCACAACGCCAUCAAACAUUUUAUUCAGUGGAGACUAAAUGAGCACUACGUGCAGUCGCCAACGCUGCAAUACUCUAAAAUAUAUGCGCAGUCCUCCGAGCUUUCGCCAAUCCUUCUGAUAUUGUCCCCCGGUGCCAACCCUUUCGCCGCUGUCUCUGCUCUUGCCGAGUCCAUGGGUCUUGCAGAUAUGAAGAAGCCACACAACGGAUUCCGCCUGUGGCUGACUACGCAACCAACACAAGACUUCCCUCUGAGCAUUCUGCAGGCUUCCCUCAAGGUGGUGACAGAGCCGCCUGACGGCCUACGGGCGAACUUGCAAACAUCUUAUUCCCUAUUCCGCGAAGACGCGUUUGAGCAGUGCGCGCAUCCUGCAUAUCCCACGCUGGUGUACACGUUAAGUUUCUUCCACGCGGUUGUCCAGGAGAGGCGUAAGUACGGCAAAAUUGGGUGGAACGUGCCUUACGACUUCAAUGAGUCCGACUUAUCGAUAUCUCUGAGUCUGGUGAAAAUGUAUUUGAGUAAAUCUUCGCGGGGUCCCGAGGGUCUUCCUGCAGAAGGCGAAGGCAAAUCUGCUGAACUGCAGCCUGGCGCUCCUCCGCCAACAGCUUCAGAUAUUCCGUGGGAAACGUUGAGGUAUUUGAUUGGGGAGGCAAUGUACGGAGGCCGUGUGACAGAUGACUAUGACCGACGAGUGCUUGCAACAUACUUGGAAGAGUAUUUGGGGGAGUUCGUCUUUGACAGCUACCGGCAGUUUUCCUUCAGUAAAGCCCCCAUCAGCUACGCUCUACCCGCGGACAGCUCGAGUGCAGGACACAUUGAAUUCAUAAAGAACAUGCCCUCAAGCAACACCCCUGAGGUAUUUGGGCUUCACACGAACGCAGAAAUCGGGUAUUUCGUCGAGAACGCAAAAAGCAUUUGGCACGGGCUUUUGAAGAUCAAUAUUGCGAACUCCUCCGGGAGCAACAGUGACUCCGCAGUGGGGAGCCUUAAAGAAGAAGCUCUGGUCUCAACUAUCUCAGAAAUACUCAGUAAACUACCUGAGAACGGCCUCUAUGUCUCCGCUGGCCCUGAUCCACCAACGCCUACACAGGUUGUCCUUGCUCAGGGAAGUCUCAAAUGCUACUGGCUGGGGGGGCUCCAUAUGCCGGACUCCUUUUUGACUGCGCUUAUUCAAGUAACGAGCCGCAAGAAGAAGAUAGCUCUAGAUAAACUGGUGCUCUCUACAGAAGUUACGCAGCUGACUUCAUCUUCACAGAUUGAAGAGAGCCUGGAGCACGGCGCCUACGUAGAAGGAAUGUACAUUGAGGGAGCUCGAUGGGAUAGCUCUCUGGAGCGCUUGGCUCCGCAGAUACCUCGAAAGUUGUCUGAAGAAAUGCCGCUUGUUAAAGUUAUUCCCAUAGAGUCGAGCCGCCUCAACAUUCGCAGCCUAUUGCGCACUCCCGUCUACGCCACAGAAGGCCGCCGCAACGCCAUGGGCGAGGGUUGGGUCUUUGACGCUUGGUUGCCUUAUUCUGAGCAUGCGUCCUUCUGGGUGUUAUCAGGGACUGCUCUCGUGCUACAAACAAGUGACUAG